CUCUUCCCAGGCCGGCCCGCGAGGCCGCCGACUGGGCCUUUCACCUUCAAGCAAAGCUAUGAAGUAGCGGUCGCUGCGGCUCCUGGCGCCCAGCGGGGCCCGGGGCGCCGCGUACUCCCGCCAACCCGGCCUCUCCUCGCGGGACCCGGGGCGGGACACGCUCCGGGGACGAGGCCUGCGGGCCACACUCCCGUCCGCCCGCCCGAAUUCAGGGCGAGUCCGGCCCCGGACUCUGCAGCAGCCCCGGACGGGGAGAGUGGGGCAGGGCCUCGCCUCUCCGAGGGAUGGAGGGGAUGGAGGCGGCGGCCAAGCCCGCGCGCCGCUCUCCAGCAUCCAGAUCAGAGAGCACAUCAACAAUGGCCAGAGAUGGCGCUGAGCAGCCAGACAGUGGACGUCUCUCGAGACCUGCUCCCUGCCCCCAGGAAGACCGAACAUCUAACCUGGUGCCCCCUAAACCUCCCAGGACAUGGGGGCUGCAGCUCCAAAGUCCUUCUGUGCUGGAGUCCAAGGUGAAGGCCUUGAAGGAGAAAAUGACAGCAGGAAAACAGGGGACAGAUCCCCGUCCCACUUCCUAUGAGCGUCCAUCCCCCACAAAAUCCAAAUGCCACCAAGUCAAGACUGGAGUAGCCUGGAGCCUACCCGAUGCCCUGGUGGUCCCCCAUGCUCAGAACCCUAAUGAUGGACAUGUGGCCAGACAUGUUAAUGAGAAGAAACCUGCCAGGAACGGUGGACCCGAGCCAUCUACCCCUGCGAGCUGGAAUGAACAAAGCCCGCGGUCUCCAGAAGCAGUGUGGAUGCUGGCUGACCAUGAGGAGGACACAGUAGCAGGGUCUGGCUCUUUACAAGAAAGUUCCAACAACUGGGUUUCUGCAGUCCAGCCACGGGGGCCCGGUCCCUGUAAAACCACCCCCUUGAGCAGCCAGAAGAAGAGAGGACCAUACCCACUUGGAGAUGGUAUGGUCACAGAGGAAGAUCUGGACAGCACAGCCCUAACCUCCAGGGAGGAUUUGAUUCCUAGAACAGACCAACCAGAGACAUUCUGGAGAGCUCGGGGCCUGGGGGCUCUGGGCUCUGUGGCAAAUGCUCUGUCCCUGUCUGACCGGGUAGAGAGGAACCGCCUCCUGUUGCAGGAGAUGCUGAAGGUUUCCAGACAGAGUUCUCCCAAAGCAGGGAACCCAGACUGGACUCCAUCCUGGGACAGGGAUGCAUCAGAGCGACCAGCGGGAGACGUGGUGGACUGGGACUCGGGCACCCCCCAGCAGGACUCAGGUCAGAGCAGGACCUUUGUUCCCAAGCUGGAACCUAUGCUGAGUGCCCGGCAUGAGGAAGUCAAGAAUCUGCUUCGGCGUGCUCGCAUGAAGGCCAAGACCCAGCCGCUCCGAGCCAGCCAUGAUAUUGUGCCCACCAUUGCUCAGAACUGCCGAAAUGGCCAGAGAAGCCCAGCCCUGGCUGUGAGGACCACCUCUGCCUACAGAGAGAACCUCCAGAAUGGGAAACUGAAUGACCCCUCCAGCAUAGAGUCCAACACUGGGCAGUGGCCCAAGCAAGAAAUGCCCCUGUCUCAUGUCCGUUUUGAAGAUGAGUCUGCCCACGAGGCUGAAUUCCGGUACCUGGACCGACUUCAGCAGCGCCAGCGUCAAGGGUUAAACACAGUGUUACAUGCUGUGGACCAAGGACCUCUGCGCUCCAAACCGGACCUAACCAACUACGUUAACCACAACGUGGCCAACAGCUCAUUUCAUAGGGCCGUGGGCUGCCGGGACCAGAGUAACUUCCCUGGACCACCACCUCCUUGGGACAAUGAGAGGAAGUGUCCAGCCUGUGGCAGCUGUCUGGAGGAGCGUUGCCCUGCCAAGGGGCGGGCAGCCUCUGACCUGAAGGUCCUCCGGAGUCUCCAGGCUGCCUGUGAGGCAGAGGCAAUACUGCUGGGGCCCUGUAAUUCCCAUGGCCUGAGCUCCCCAUUCCCAGGGCUCCACACAGAAUGGAUCCGGGAAACACACAUUACAGACACUGUAGCCACACACCCUGAGGAGGAGGAGGACUCUGCCCUGGACAGUACCCACAGUUCAGACAGCUGGACAGACGGUACCGAUGCCAGGACCUCUCAGCCCAGCAGGGCAGGUGAGCAGAUCCAAGUCUGCAGUCCCCAGCAGCGGUGGCAUGGACCUAGGCCCCAGGGAGGUCCCAGGUGGUCCGGAAAGGCGGAGGCGGGACUGCCCUGUGCCUGGUUUCACCUGCCUCAGCUUGAUGAUGUGGUUGUAGGAGGGGAAGGGAGAGAAGCCAGUGGACACGUACCUCAGGGGACUCUCUUUCUAGAGGAAGAUGCUGUGCCUAAACCUGCCUUGGAACCUAAGAGGCCUUGGUCCCAGGGGCAGCCUGGACGGCGGUCAGGAAGUCACUGUGCCCACCCCGAGGACUGCAGAGCCCCAUGCAGGACAGCUUAUGCUGUGCCGUUUUCCAAGACGUGUGGGUCCCCAAGAUCAGGCCAACCAGACCAAGUUCCUGAAAGCCAUGAGUCUCUGGAAACUCUCUGCGCUUCUCCGCCCCUCCCAGCCUUGCAGCCAAUGUUGCCCCUCCCCCCGGAAGUGCCAACCCGUCCUUCCUCGAGGAAAUCCCUCUGCCCUAUGCCUCCAAGGAAGUCAGUCCAGACGGGGCAUCACAGGCAGGAACACCAGGCGGAGCAUAUGGAUAACCCCCUGCCUCUGUCCCCUCCAAGAACUGUGGUUCUCACACGACCCCAAUCCCAACCCUGUAGCCCCCAAGUCAAGCAUCCACUGCUGGACCUGUCCAACAGCAACUACAGCAGCAGUGCCCCUCUAGGGCUGCAGGGGCCCUCGGGAGCCGCUGUCCACGGGAGUAGAUCUGCAAAGGACCAGUGCUGUCAGGAGCCUGUGCUGCCUCUGGAGAGCAAUGGAGACGGAACACUCCAGGACUCUCUCCAGUCAGUGGAUAUCGCCACUGUCAACUCUACAGCCAUCACCCUUGCCCUCACCUCAGAGGAGCCUGAGUGCAGCCAGGAGCGGGGAGGAGGUUCACAGAGGACAGGAUCCAGCUCUGGGGGCCACGUGUCCACUGGAGCAUCAUCACUUGAGGCCAGUGCAGGGCACGAGUCACCCUCAGGUACCCAUUCUGAUGGGAACAAGAAAAGGAGAGGUAGCAUUGCUUCUGCCCUGGGGCUCAAAAAGCUUUUCUCCGCCCUGGGCCACACCCCCUGGCCCAGAGGCCCAUCCCGAAGCUACAGUGUGGAACAGCUGCAGCCCUCAGCUCCGGCUUCACAGACCAGCACCUCCAAAGUGAAAAGGGCCCCAUCAUUACAGACCCUGCAUCUGGUGUCACCCUCCCAUCAGCAUCGGAGAGCGACUUCCUUCCAGAACCUCCAUUCUCUGCUGGGUGGCAAGGGAGACCGGUCCAGCCUCUACUUGGUGGAGGGGUCAGGGGACAGCAGUGUGCCCAGCAGGCCAGCCAAGGCCUCUCCCCAUCGUGCCCUCAGUGUGGAAGAUGUGGGUGCCCCUAGCCUGGCUCGUACUGUGGGCCGCGUGGUGGAGGUGUUCCCAGAUGGCACGAGCCAGCUGCAGCUGCAGCGACCCCCAAAGGGCACCUUUGGUUUCCGUGUGGCCCAUGGCAGUGGCCGUCGAGACUCAGGGCUCUACGUGCAGGCCAUGGCUGACCUGGAUACUGCUAAGCUGUACUCGGGGCUGCUUGGGGUCGGGGAUGAGAUCCUGGAGGUGGACGGGGCCAAGGUUGCUGGGCUGGGCUUGGCUCACAUCAAAGAGCUACUGGCUCAUGCGGAAAGUCUGUCCAUUCGUGUCCUGAGACAAAGGCCAGUCCCCCAGUGACCCAGAAGUACCGCUGCUCUUGCUGACACUCCUUCAGGACCCCUGACCCCCACACACAGCAGGAGGGGCUAGAAACGUGCCACCCAGAGAUACCGCGUGAACAGAAAAUGUAGUUCACAGAUCAGGAAUCUGUCUGGGCUGUGGCAGAAGCUGUUCUGAUCAGCCACCUGCAGGGAGAGGCCAAGUACCUGUGUGUACGUACAGUUAAGAUCACUAAUUUUUACAGGUCUGGGGACAGGGAAUCCUGGUUUCUUCCUUCACAUAAAUGGUCAUGUUCCUUUGUUGGAGAGAGAGAAUGGCUGGUCCCUGAGUGCUGGCCUCAGCUUCUGGUCACACUCACUGAGAAGGCUCCCCAGCCCCCCAGCACACCAGAGACAGCGUGGCCACCCUGGCUUUGUGCCCCAUCUCUUUCAGUUGUGGCUUGCCUGGUUUCCAUGUGACACUUUGCUUCCGAUCCAGAAAGGGCUCAGUGUCUUGGCACAGCCUGACAGCCAGGAGCACAUAUUCCUGUGUGUUCUGUGAAAUAUGGCCUGUCAGGAGUUCUGUGCCUCUUCUGGGUAUACAAACUUAUGAGAGAUUCUGGGAGCCAGAAUAUUAAGAAUUACUAGAGAUUUUUAUAACCAACACAAAGUUGAAAAAUGAAAUUAUUGCCAUUUGCAGUCAGUGUGGCCAUGGAACUAAGGAUGUGGGAGGCCGGUCCAGCCAGCCCUUUGCCUCCACCCCUGCCUAGACAGAGGUUGUUGCAGCCUGGCCUGGGUGGGCCUUUGUCUUUGUUCUCUUGUCCAGCUCGGAGCCAGGGCUGCAGCUGGUGUCUGGCUCUCCCCCAGCUGCAGGGUUCCUAUCCAGACCUCCCUGGUGGCAGCUGUGGGUGGGCAGCAGGCAGGGAGGCUGCGAGCUGGGGGUGGUCAUCCCACCUAGGCAUAGCACAGCCUGCUCAGCUUAGAUCCUGCUCAAGGGUUGGGUACGCUAGAUGCCUGGACAGGUGUCAGUCUUAAAUUAUUAAAAAGCCAAAGCUGCUUU